AUGAUUUACUGCGACACAAUGGGGCUUACACAUACGUCGCAAGAAAUCGAUUUUUUAACACGACAGUCCCCGCGGGACUAUCAACGGGAACUUUUUCUAUCCGCCAUGCGCAGAAACUCCCUCGUCUGCUUACCAACGGGUUCGGGAAAGACCUUGGUGGCAGCGAUGGUACUGAGCUGUAUGAAGAAACUUAACCCAAACAAGCUAAUGGUGUUCCUCGCUGACCGAGUCCCACUGGUUUACCAGCAGAGCGAAUAUAUUAAGUCUCAGGUGCCUGAAUUGAGAGUGAAGACGAUGGUAGGUGAAAUGGAACCACCACAGAAGAAAGCCGUCCAUCAAGCGUUAGCAAAUCAGGGAGUUGAUGUUUUAGUCCUGACACAUCAGUUUUUUCUAGAUUUUCUAGCUGACGAGAACAGCUCGAUCAUUUGUUUCUCCAAUAUUUCGGUGCUAGUUUUCGAUGAAGCUCAUCAUUGCCACGGAAAUCAUCCGUACAAACAAAUAAUGGGAUACUAUCGCGACACAUCAAGCAAUUUUAAACCCAUUGUGCUGGGUUUGACUGCCUCACCAGCUGGAGAAGUAACAGUUGAAAGUACCAUGGAACGACUUAAAACAUUGUUAAACAACCUGAACUGUGAAGUUUCAACGCCCACUGAAUUAAAGACCCUAGCAGUAAAUGUUAACAAUCCGGAUACUACGUACAGCAUAGUACCCGACACGAACCCCCACCAGGAUCGCCUCAAGGCAUGCAUUGAAGAGCAUGUUCUUAACUUGAAGACAGCUUACAUCGACGGCGCAAGCGUAUGGCAACGGUCAGAACUUAAUGGACUUCCUUUGUUUUCAUCUAAUUUUAGAGGAGCACUGAGACGACUGAUUGACAGUUGCCAUGGUGACAAAAGAUUGACAAAAACGCUGAUGGCUGGAGAGCACAUCAUGCAGAUGCUCUGUAUUGUAGAUACCUGUGAAAUUCUUAGCUACCAUCAUGCAAUGCACUGCCUCAGAGAAUGCAUAAAUAACAUCACUUAUGCUAUUUCACCAAAGGACCUUGCCCUGUUGGACAUGGUUGGAGCGAACACUACAUUUAGUGAUCUCAAAGACUUAGCAGACAGUUCUGUUGAAGAAGAGGUCGCCGUAUCGGACCGAUAUCGUAUCCUUGGAGCGCUAAUAAAUGAGUUUUUGUGCUGCGCGCAAAUGGAUGAAUCUUCCAGAGGAAUCGUCUUUGUGACAAUGCGCAAAACCGCUUAUAAGCUUUGCGAGCAGAUCAGGACGCUUUCCGGGGUGCCGGAAACGUUGAAUCCAAAAGUUUUUGUAGGGCACGGUCAGGGAAGUUACGACGGAAUGGAUUGGACAGAUGAACAAGAAGUGCUGUUAGAAUGCUUUAAAACAGGCCAGACAAAACUUCUUAUCAGUACCAGCGUUCUGGAGGAAGGCCUUGAUGUACCUGAAUGUAAUCUGGUCAUCCGCUUUGAAGGGGCAGCUUCACUGCGCGCACGUGUUCAAACGAGAGGGCGUGCAUCUGGUCGCCCUGACAGUAAGUUCGUAGUGAUUUGUAAAAAGACGGAAAAACAAGAAGCUGAUGUUGUGGCUCUUAAAGAACAAAACAUGGACGAAGCAAUAAGACGUCUAAUGUUAUGUAAGAGACAAACGCUACAGGCAGAAGAAUAUGGAUGUGAAAUGAAAAGUCUUCUUUCUUUCUUCCCCACAAGUAAAGAAAUUGUUAACACCGAAAAGUAUAAGCCGAGAAUAAAUAUUUCCGUGCAUCAUCUUGGAACUGUGGAGCAUCAUCAACGCGUUAUAGAAUUUUUGGAACAAAGGUUUGAAGUCAUUCAUAUGAAGACAAUCACAGCUUCUUCAACAAGCAGUGACGGAAACGGGCGGAAAAAUUUGAGCUUUGAGCUGCAGCCAAAGGAAGACAAAAUUCGUAAAGAAUUCAGAUCGAAGGAAGAGUUCCUGAAUUACGUGACGGAACAGUGGUGCUCUCACCUGGCGAAUCCUGAAGAAGAACCACUUCCGAUUUGGCUCAAGGCGUCGUUCCCCAAGAAACGUCACAAAGCUGAAGACACUUUUCAUUUGCUGAAGGCAAAUUCUAUGUUUCUCGGGACGUUUCUUACUCGGUGCCAUUUUCGAUAUCAGUGGCCCUCGGAACCCACCCUGCAGAAUGUUCUGAUUUACUUUGAUCACAGCCUCAAGUUAUUGACGAUAGGAUUUAAGACUUAUAAGCUGGAACUCCGAUAUGAAGAACUUGAAGAUUGUUUAAUCGUCAGCAGUGACGUGGCAUCUGACGUAAUCAAUUUUUUUGUUACCAUAAAGCACCCACCUCGAUUGUUUCAAUCUGUUGAUGACCUUUUCCUGGAAGUUGACGGUAACAACGAGCAGGGCCCACUAGAAAAUGACGAUGACGACUUUCUCCAAGUUGAUGUUGAUGAUACAUUGAGCGAAUUGUCGGAUGACGGGGGAGAAUCGAAAUCAGACAGUUUCUCGACUGAUGAAGAGUACCCAGAUCCAAUCAUGAAUUUUCGCGAGCGUCCCUUGCGUCACCAAUACAAUUUUGACCAGAUUGCCUGGGAGAGGGUGCCUGAUAUCUUAAAUAGUGAAAAAGCUUGGGCCUAUUGCUAUACGUACUGUUUUGUACUUUCUAGCAAGGAAUCUUCCCAGAUCAUUCACUUGUUGUCCAGAAUCCAGAAUCGGUUCAACAAAAAUGCAUUUUAUUGUCGCGUGAAGAAAAGCUUUGGCAGCUUUCCAGUUACUAAUACUCCCCCUAAUUUGCCAUUUGAUGUGAAGUAUGCGUCACAGACUGUUCUUUCGUGGCAUCCAGUAAUGCGUGGAAAGAUGUCUUCGACUUUCAGCGAACUUUUGCUAAACAAGCCAAGCAGUGUAGUGUGUGCAGCACUUGAGCAGUUGAAGAAAACUCUGGAACAAGAUUCGUUCUGUGAUCCCGAAAAGGCCUUCAAGGCAUUUCUAGGCCAAAACGACCCUUCAGCUUCCGGGUUUAAAAAGAGGCUCAUCCCAGGCCACUGUGCUCUGAUAAAACGUGCAGUCAUCACCCCAACAAGACUACUACUGUACCCACCGGAAGUCAUGGUGAAAAAUCGCGUACUCAGACAGUACGAAACGGAGAAUUUCCUGUGUGUCAGUGUUCGUGAUGAGGACCUUUCCAAACUAUCUGCAGGACGAGGAAGUCUGGAUCCACUGCUGGACGGCAUUAACCGUAUCCUGGAUGAAGGACUGGACAUAGCUGAUGAACGGUUCCAGUUUUUGGGGUCAUCAAACAGUCAACUCCGUAACCAUAGCUGCUGGUUUGUUGGGCCAAAGUAUGAACCAGAAAUCAUACGUAGUUGGAUGGGAGACUUCAGUCAUAUAAGGUAAGUGCACGAUUUACAGUUAAGUUGUACUGAAAAUGCUGAAGAGAUAAAAGGGCAUCAGAGGCAAUUAUGAAAACUAGGCCGUAACUCUUCAAAACGAUAAAAACGGUGGCUUUAAUUGCCUAAGAAUCAGUGAGAAAUUAGUUAAUACUAAACUUAAGCAAAGAAAGACAAACACCGUUGAGCCGUCACUUUGUCUCAGGCUCUAUUCGAAAAAAAAAACAAAACAUAACAAAAAGCAAUGCGUCCUUGUCUCGUAUACAGAGCAAGACAGCUAAAUAACCUUUCUGGGCGUAUUUUUCUCAAUUCAAGGUGUGUGGCUUCAUACGUGGCUCGCAUGGGUCAGUGUUUUUCUACCUCUAUAGACUCCGUGGGCAUUGGUAUCAGCGAAGGUGCCCAAAGCGAGAAAGAGGACGACGUUAAGACAGUUGACCAGAAAUACUGUUUUUCUGAUGGAAUUGGCAGAAUAUCAAAAGAACUUGCUGCAGAGGUAAGAUUAUAAGUAGAGAUUACUCCAUACACUCCUUAGAAGGUCUGCCUUGCUUCUCAUCGUCUGUCGUACCAUGAGCGACAUAUUUGCUCCUUCCGCGUGGUGCAUGGUAGAAGGGGUGGCCCUUGUUUGCCUGGAAACGGUCAAGCCGCUGUUUGAGGCUGUCAUUUUUUAUUUUAAAGUUUUGUUAGAAGCCACGUCUCUCCGUACGGUUUGUUUUUAGGGCUUACCUCCUUAGGUGUUCUUUUUUAAACUGCUAUUUAACCGAUAGCUGGACUAUACGUGAGUCGUCUAGAAAACCUUAAAAGUUCGCAGAAAUUCUGGCCACCCGCACAUAAAUAAAAAAAGAGAACUUCAAGGAAAAGCCAUCGUGACUUUCGUCAAAUAUUUAUCUUUGUUUUUGUUUAUUGUAGGUUCUCAAGAAAAUUGCCAAGCCGUUCAAACCAUCUGCCUUUCAAAUUCGAUUUUCUGGCUUUAAAGGUGUCCUUGCAGUAGAUCCGAGACUUCCAGGCAAACAGGCCAUCUUCCGUCCAAGCAUGUGCAAAUUUGAGAGUUUCCAUCGCAGACUUGAAGUAUUGCAGACGUCUCGACCCCAGGUCGUUUAUCUCAACCACCAGGUGAUUAUGCUGCUUUCCAACCAGGGUGUGUCAGAUGAUGUUUUUAUUCGACUGCAGAGCAAAAUGUUGGAGAAACUGGCAGGUAAGGUGCUUCCAAAGAGAAAAGUGAAUAAUUAUACUCAAUAAGCCUAAUCUUUAAAUGCGUUUGGCCGAUGGAGAUUAUGACAAAAUUAUAACUAUUUUAGAAUGAUGAAAUGAAAGUCACGUUUUCCGCAAACGGCAAACGUCAGAUUAAAGUUUAAAAUUACUCAAAUUGGGAAAUAAGCAGACAUAAACAGCUCACAACAACUUUUAUGGAUGAAACUGGCGACAACUACCACUUUUUGUAGAAAUAAUUAACAGCAAAGAACAGGAAAAGAGAAAAAUUUGGCAGUACGUGGGACAAAUUAGCGUUUGCCCUUUGCUGUAAACGUUACUCUUUUAAAAUAGAGAGGUUAAGUAUCACGUUUUCGUCAAAACGGCGACCAAGUUUCCCCUUUACUUGUCGUUUACUGUUCAUAACUUCUACACAUAAAUGAGUAGUUUCACACAAUUUCUUAUCCAUAAGAAUUUUUGGAGCUGUAACAGUUAUCAGCUCAUUUUCUACGUUGAGAAAUUCUCAACUUGAAUCUGGCGAUUGCCGUUCGUAGUGUACCUGGGCCUGGUUCCUGAAAGGUCGAUUAGCAGUAAGCCAGGAUUAAAACUUUGUUCCACUUUCUGUAUUUACCUUCCUAUGCAUUGCUUAGAGUAACAUUUUGUGUUAUCAGUUCUUUUUGUCGAGGUAAAGAGACAACAGUAUUUUGUAAGCUCUAGUUACAUGUUCUUAGACAAGAAAACCUUGCUUUAGACUUGGUUUAAUCCUGGGUUAAACUUAACCAUCUUUCGAGGAACCAGGCCCUGAAGCUUGAACUCUCUAAUCCCUCUACUGACUGAAAAGAAGUCCUUUUUAUCGUGAUUUUCUUAUCAGGAAUGCUUGUUAAUGAGAACGAUGCUAUCGAGCUGCUGGGUACUGGAGCCAAAAUGGGCGUGUCCUAUAAAAGUUUAUCAAGCUCGGGAAUACCGCUGACAACGGAGCCGUUCUUUAAAUCCCUGCUUGUUGCUAUGUAUAGAAAUCACAUCCACGAGCUACUCUCCCGAUCCCGAAUCCUUCUGCCACCAGAGGAGGCACGUUUGAUGAUGGGUAUAAUGGACGAGCUUGGUGUACUAAAACCAGGACAGGUUUGUUGCUUUCUUUGCAACUUUUGUUUAGAUAUUUCUAGUAAGUGCGAGGAUUUAUUGCAUUUUUCCUGAUUCAGUCUAGUGUACAGUCAAACAUGUAUGUGUAACGCAAACUCGCAUCUAGCUGUCGCAGUCUAUUAUACACUCUAUUAAACUGCCAUAACGCAUUCAGUUUAUGAAGUGCAGAAAACUAGUCUUCCCUAGUUAAGUACUAGCAUUCUGCAAACUGGUCUUUCCUUUAAAUUCUCAAUUAAUUUGUUUGUUUCUUGACCGUCCUAUUAAACGUAAUUAGGUGUAUAGUUUUUCGAUUUAGGUUAAAAGACACCGGCAACAUCACACCGCAACAUCCCUGAUUGGUCUAUCAUCUUUUGAUCCAAAAAUAAACAAGUCAACACAGACUCAGCUAUUAACGUAACUCGUCCUCUUGUUUAAUAAUGAGCUUCAUGUACCAACAGAACUCACACGUUAUUCGACGUCUAUUUAUAAAUUAGGUCUAUGUGCAGUAUUCUGAAGUUUCCACCCGUGUAGAUUGCGAGGACCAGUUCAACACGAGCAAGAAACGUGUUGUUAGGGGACCUUUAGUAGUGACCAGAAAUCCAUGCUUGCACCCAGGAGACGUUCGCCAACUUGAAGCUGUUGACGUCCCCAAACUUAGCCAUCUAGUGGACUGUGUGGUUUUCCCUCGACGUGGUUCGAGACCUCACUGUAAUGAAAUGGCAGGUAGGGUUUGGGUAGAAAGGGUUUGGGAAUGGGGUAGCUUUCUUAAAGCAACGGAAGUUCUUCCUUCCUUCGUACUCUUCCCUUGAAUAUGUCUUUACACUGUGACAGUGUGUUUGAAGCCUCCCCUCAGAAAUGUUUGUUGCUAGUAAUUACGGACCCUUUACUGCCCCACGCAUCAAUUGCACUGUUUGUGCCACGUUCAUUCUUGCCCAAUUUUGCGUGUUAAGUAAAUAAGUGCGACUACUAAAUGAAUACUUACAGUAUAAACCUAAAAAAGGUUAUUUUCAUGCAUGUGUAAGAACCAGUGCGAACCUACUCAAGACAUUCUUGGCCUAUAAGCAGCCAAGGCGUGCUAUCAUAAAUUUAAUCUCUACACGUCGCGUACGCAAUCUUCGAGUACCAGCUUUGAUUGAAUUUGGACUGAGUGCGGUUUACAAUGUAGUUUUAUCGUUGUAUUUCUGUCUUUUAUCGGCAAUAAUUAUCAUUCCAAUACAGACAGAUGAUUGGGAGCAAAUGUCGCUUGAUUGAGGAUACUAUUUGUUUUUUAAAAUACAAUGCAAUCAAAGAAAAUAGGGGAUAAAUGUCUUGAUCGCAAGGUAAUAGUUAAAAAGAGUGCUCAUUCCAAUUUUAGGUGGUGAUUUGGAUGGGGAUCUCUACUUCGUGUGUUGGAACAAAGACUUGCUACCAAGGAAACCAAAUUUCCCGCCGAUGGAUUACCAAGCCCCGGAAAAGCAGGAACAAACGCAACCAAUCACAGCCGCCGACAUGACUAAGUUUGUGGUCGACUACAUUCGCUGUGAUCAGUUAGGAGUGAUUGACAACGCGCAUAAAGCGUUAGCAGACCAGGAGAAUGAUGGUGUUGAAUCUAAAGUUUGUCUACAUUUGGCAGAGAUACAUUCUUUAGCAGUAGAUGCGCCUAAAACAGGCAAGUGGCCCAAAAUGCAGGGCAUCGGGAAGAUUAAGGCAUGCCCUGAUUUUAUGAUGAAACGUGAUAAACCUAGUUACCCAUCAGACAAGGUUUUAGGAAAGCUCUACCGUCGCUGUCGAAAGUUUCAAGACGCAGCGUCUGAAAAGUUUGACCAGAAAAUGAGGAUCGACAAGUCUUUACUCCUGCAAGGUAACGACAGGUAUAUUGAAGAAGCCAGAGAGUCAUACCAGCAGUACCGAGACAAAAUGCAGGUUCUAAUGAGUUUGUACGGCAUUGAAUCCGAGGCCGAAGUUUUCACUGGCUGCUUUCUAAAGCUUCGAAAUCGCCUGAGUAAAGAGAAAACAGAGAUUGCAGGAAUCGUUGGCUGCAUCCUCUUUGAGAUGCGGAUGGAAUUCCGAAACCAGUUCUUCCACGACUUCAAUGUGAAUGGUCAGGAUUUGUUGGACAAUGAGGAUAUCACAGAUGAGAUGCUGCUUAAAGCUUCAGCCUGGUACAAUGUGGCCUACACGCAUGCUCAUGACCAGGCAAAUGAGUCAGAACCAGGUCCCCAGAAACGUUUGCUCGGUUUUCCAUGGUUUGUUAAUGACAUCAUACUUGCUAUCAAAAACCUCAAACAACCGCAUCACUUCUCCCAGAGCCUGGACGUUAAUACAACUGUAGGUGAGAAUGUAGCCAGACUGUUUAAUGAAGAAAAGACCUGGAUACUUGAACAGCUUUUAGAAAGAGUAAGAACCAAAAAGUCGAUUGCGCGGCAUCUAAAAGGCGUUUUACCACAGCAUUCGAUGAUUAUGACUGGUUCCUCAGCCACGCUUCUAUUUCACGAACAUUCAGACCUGGAUAUCUGCGUGUUACCACAGAGUACCCAGAAAUUGCAUGGUGUUCCUGUUAUUUCACAGGAAAUGUAUCACAAUACACCAUUCCUCUCGGGCCUUCUGGAAGAAUGUAACUGGUCGAAACGGUCAUUUGAUCCAAUUGACUCAGUUGAAAAGCAUGCACAUCCCUCUAAAGUGAAUGACAUCCCUGUUAAAGACCAAGUGAAAUCACUCGAGAGGCUGAUACCACACCUAAAAGGGAUUAAGGUGCAAAAAGGGGAAGAGGGGGAUCCUAAAAAUCUAUUUCAUAAAGUUGGCCUUGUCGGCAAAAGGACGUUUCCGGUAAGGAUGCUCUUUCUGUUAUUACAAUCAAACAUUCCAUAAGCGAGCACUCUAAACACCCAGCCUAGCUGGUCACAGACACAGUCACCACAGUCACAGUGAGAUAAUAACCUUAUUUUGAAUUAUCUCAGCCUUUCUGGAAUCAGAUGUUCAGAUGUUAAGAAUUGGAAGCUGAAUAAUGCUACCGAAUGGAUAAAUCACUAACAAGGAGAUACCGGUUUUAGCUUCCCUUAGUUGUCCAUUUUUCGCUAUUAACGUUAUGAACAACGGGACUUGAUGUCUCCAGGUAAUGCUCUUAAGUAGAACAAAAUAUGUGUAAAUCUUUAAUCUAACUGGAGCUUCCUACAAAAUCCUAGCCACUGACUUACUUUUUAUUUUUAUUUUUUUAGGUCCUUGUUUGCAAGCACCCCACAGGGAAGUUGUUAAAUGAAACCAAAUGCUCCCCCAAUCUUGUUUGCGAUUUGAUUGCUUCUCCAAACAGUUUGCCAAUUGGAGUUCUUUUGUCAAGCUACGUAAAGUCCUUUCCUCAACUCUUGUUAGUUCUCCGUGUCAUUCACCUUUGGUGUUAUGUGACAGGCCUGUCACGAAACAAAGCUGGUGCUGGAAACACGUCGAAUCUAAUGGCCUCCGUGCUUCUAUUUCAGUGCAUGCGCGAGGGACAAAUUCAAAAUUUCAACGAAGAUCACAUUACCUCAGAGGUACGUAAACUUGUACGAGGAGGGGUGACAGAAAGUAGCAUGUACGUGGAAUGGGAAAAAGUAAUUCGCCUUCUUGCUGACGAUGCUGGUGAAAACGCAAAUAGCACACACCUCCCCACCCCCAAACUUGGUGAAAUGCUUAUGAGGUUUUUUAAAGCGCACAAGUCGUUUUUUGAAGAAGAGGUUCCAAACCCCUUGGCGCGUAUCUUGCGCGCACGUAAAUUUGCAGAUCUGUUGGAGAAGGACCACGUGAACUUGGUGAUGGAACAUAUGCGCCGUGCUUAUCAGCUGUUAGCACUUUAUGGUGAUGUGCAAAUAAUGUUGGCAAUAAGUGGUUCUGAAGAUUACAAUGUUAUUUACUUAUCACCUCUCCUUUCUUCCUUCUUCGCCGGUGUCGAGAAAAGUAAGGCUCUAGAAAUUGCGAGGAAGACUGGGGCAAGGAGUGUCGUUAUCCGUCCCAAACUCCCUCGAUCACGCAAUUCAGCUAUCUUAGAGGUGAAGGGAAGUGAACCUACGAUUCGCGCAGUGGAAGUAGAGCUUGAAAGAAUGGAAAAACAGGCAUCACGUGACCGUGUAUCACUGAUGAGCGGCUGUUUCGUGGAAGAUGCAAGUGUUGUCUUAUAUGAGGGGAGUCGACACGAAAAUGAUCACGUCUCACUGACACCAUACGAUGGGCCAUGUCAUCAGACACAUGAUAGCCUUGCACGUCAUGUAGCCUUGGUAACCAACCCUACUUGCAGUGAGUAUCUGCGUCGACGAUUCACAGAGAAAUUCUUUCAGCAACUUAAGGUAUGUCAACCUGUUACUAUUUAA